GUCCACGUGUUUAAAGACCCCAAGAUGUCCAUGCUUGCGGAACCCCGGAGAAAGCAGAAGUGGUCUGUUGAUCCGAGGAACAGCGCCUGGAGUAAGGAUGAGUCGAAAUUUGGCCAGAAGAUGCUCGAGCGGAUGGGCUGGUCGAAGGGCAAGGGACUGGGGAGAACAGAGCAGGGGUCAACAGAACACAUUAAGGUCAAGGUGAAGAACAACAACCUGGGUCUGGGAACUGCUGCCAGCCACGAGGACAAUUGGAUUGCUCAUCAAGAUGACUUCAACCAGCUUCUAGCCGAUCUGAACAACUGCCAUGGUCAAAAUGACAUCAAAGAGCCCCCGACAGAAGAGAAGCAGAGUUUUAGUCUGGAGCAAAAGUCAAAGACAUCCAAAAAGAGGGUCCAUUAUAUGAAGUUUACCAAGGGAAAGGACCUGUCCAGUCGCAGUGACACUGACCUGGCCUGUAUCUUUGGGAAGAGGGCGACACACUCUAAAACCCAGAAGGAGGAGAGCAGUUGUUCUGAUUCCCAGGGUGAGGAGGAGGAGCAAGAGGCAUCCUUGAGCCCUGACCCUGAUGUGGAGUCCAUAACAAAGACUGUCACCAGCACCCUCACCAUGCAGGAGUACUUUGCCCAGCGGAUGGCUCUCCUGAGGAAGGGUCGUGAUGAGACUCAGGAUCCUGGCUCCAGCGGAGGACCAGCGGAGGACUACAGUGAGACACAGGCCCCAACAGAGACCUCCAACUACAUUCAGAACACCACAGAUGACACAGAGCAACCCAAGUCCAAGAGGAAGAAGAAGAAGAAGAAAAGAGAGGAGACUGCAGAGGUGGUGGAGGAAGCGGAGGAGGAGGAAGUGUGUGCAGUCUGUCCUAUAGUGGUGCACUGUGAGGACCAGGAAACCCCCUCGCAGAAAAAGAGAAAGAGAAAGCGAGCAGAGAAGGAAGACCUGCUGUCUGAGAACUGCAACGCUACCCCCGGUCAGGAACAGAACUGCGAGGAGGAGCAGACUCCGACUCAGAAGAAGAAGAAAAAGAAACGGAAAGAAACGAGUGCUGAAACAGAUUUAGUUAAUGGACAAGAACCAACUAAAAAUGAAACUGAGGACCAGAAGGUUGUAAACAAAAAGAAAAAGAAGAAACAGAGGGAACAUGUGGAGGAGGUUGUAGUUGUGGAUGAUGAUGAGGAGGAGGAGGACGAGGUGGUUGAGAUAGUGGACGACAAUGACGAGGUGGUUGAGAUAGUGGAGAGAAAAUCCAAAAAGCACAAGAAGAAGAAAAAGAAUGCAACAAUAGCAUCGUCUUAGAUACUUUCUACUGGAGCUGUCAACCCUACUUCCCGAAAACAAUGAACUCUCUUUGUCUCUUUAUUUUAUGUAUUUACUCACAAAUGAAUUUUGGUGUCUGAUACAUUUGUUUCCUGAUGGUGUGAAUGAGCGACAAAGACGUGAUUGGUCAGCCACCUUAUCUGCAAAGGAAUGUUCAGAUGCAGCGAACUAGUGUCCCAGACACCAAUUUGGUGCGUCUCUUCCCCAUCCGUUCUGAUAAAUAAAACUUAUAUUUCAUCCUACUAAAUUAAUACGCACUUGAGACAUUGAAAAUGGGUUAAGUGGCAAGCUGGUCAGGCCAGCGAGUCAUCAAUGUUUUAAGGACUCUUUUAAGGACUAAAAAAUCUGAUAGGUUUAUAUUUGAAUCAAAUCAAAAUUUAUUUGUAUAGCCCCUUUUACAACCAAUGUCACAAAGGGCUUCACAUACACCCAUAGAACUUCCAUCACAAUUUUAUUUAAAUAAAAAUACAGCUGUAUUGUCUUGAUAAAAUACCAUAUUGUGAAUAAUAAUCUCUGCAGGAUCAAUCAAAAUAAAGUUUGGUCAAAGGGCAGGAUAUAAGAUUUGAAUAUAAUUUCAUUAAACUAUUCAAACCUUGUUCAGCGUCAUUUGCAUCAUGUCAAUCACAGCUUUAUAAUGUCAUCCUUUCAACACCCUAUGUGGAUGUGAGGCUACAAUACAAAGAGAGUGAGGGUGGUAUGUUGACAAAUGACUACUAGUCAUGAUAUUCCAUGACACAAACAUUUUACUGUGUAGAUGUUUCCUGGUUACUGCGACUGUUUUACAUGUAAUGGCUGAAUUAUGUGGUCAGUCUUUCCAAUGUAUAAUCCUGUUAUCAUAAACUACAAGUUGCCUUUCUUUUUAUAAUGUCAUUUUUUUUACAACAUAGGGUGAACAAGCGGCUGACUGAAUUUUAUUUAAAUGCCACCUCAAAAGGUAUUGACUUUGAAAUCUACUUUGAUUUGAUUGUUUGGAUAGAUCACACUAUACAGUUUCCUGUUUCUUCUGUUGUCAUGACAUCCAGUCAUAGCUUAACAAGACCAUCUUGCAGCAGUGUUCACAUUAAAGGACAAACUUGUACAAAACCACAUGAAGCACACAGAGUACAGAGUAUGCCAUAUGUCAGCUGUUAUAGUCUCUCUGGUGCUUAUUGGCAUAAUUUCCAAAUAAACAUGCAACUAGAAGAGAUGGUUCAUGCUGGAGACCCUCAUAUUUUCAGAGGGUUACAAACAAACUUUCAAUACACAACAUUAUUUUAUUCAACUCUUCACAGCUAUAUUGUAUGACUGAACUUGACCGACUGACUGACUGACAUUGAUAGAUUGAUUGUCUGAUUGAUAAAAAGAAAAUGGUAGCACAGAAUUCACUCCAGACACUGCCUUACUUCACGUGACUCAUCUGAUGAACGAACACAUGGAUAAAUCCCUGUUUGAUUCUAAAACAUUUAAUAAAAUGUU